AUAUAUCCCAAUAUCGGAGGGUCGAUGAAACAGAGUGUUGUGGUCCUUUAUAUUCAAGAGAGGACCGUAUAGAAGGAGAGGGUUUAAAGAAAACAGAGAGACUACUAAAGGAGAAUAUCGAUCUAGAUGGAUACUCGUGAUAAUGAUUCAACAAAACACACGAUGAUGAUGUGGUUCUAUUUGGGGAUGUUGUUCUUUUGCAUGGUGGCCGAGUCGGAUGCUCGAUUGACGGAGAAUUUCUACGCCUCGACAUGCCCUAACGUGGAACUCAUCGUUCGACAAGUGGUUUCAACGAAAAUCGAACAAACCUUCACCACGGCUCCGGCAACGUUACGGAUGUUCUUCCACGACUGCUUCGUCGGUGGAUGUGAUGCUUCUGUGAUGAUAGCAUCCGAGAGUGGAGACGCGGAGAAGGACGCUCCAGACAAUCUAUCUCUCGCCGGAGACGGAUUCGACACUGUGAUCAAGGCUAAGCUCGCUGUCGAAGCUCAAUGUCCAGGCCUUGUGUCAUGUGCCGAUAUCAUGGCUAUGGCCGCCAGGGACGUCGUCGUCCUCGCUGGAGGGCCAGAGUUUAAGGUGGAGCUAGGGAGACGAGACGGGCUCGUGUCGCAGGCGUCUCGCGUGGACGGGAAGAUACCUGGACCGGACCUAGACGUGAGAGGUUUGGUCGAUCUAUUCGCUAGUCACGGGCUAUCAAUGACCGAUAUGAUUGCUCUAUCAGGCGCACACACCAUCGGAUUCUCUCACUGCAACCGUUUCGCUCACCGUCUCUACAACUUCUCAGCGUUGAUGCCCUUGGAUCCCACUCUCGAUCCGGCCUAUGCACAGCAGCUGAUGCAAACCUGCCCUCAAGGUCGGUCGGACCCCGAAAUCGCCUUGGACCUGGACAUAACCACCCCAAGAGUCUUCGACAACGUCUACUUCCAGAACCUUGUGGCAAGGAAAGGCCUUUUUACCUCGGAUCAAGUUCUGUUUAACGAUUUCAGGUCUCAGGCUACGGUGGUCAGGUUUGCUAACAGUGCUGAAGAAUUCAACAGCGCUUUCAUCUCCGCGAUGAGGAAGCUUGGCCGCGUUGGAGUUAAAGUUGGGAGCCAAGGAGAGAUUCGAAGGGACUGCUCUGCUUUUAACUAAUCUUAAAUAUUGGAAACAUAAAACAUAUGAAUUCUGCAGCUUUUGAAGCUUGAUAUAUUAAAAUGUCAUAAUCCACAAUGGAACCUGUGAAAUUGUAGUCCUAAAAGCUAUUUCUCAGGAUAACACAAGCCCAAGGAAAUUUAUAAUUUAUUUUAUAUAUUGAGUUUCUAAAGAU